AUGCCUCUUAACGUUCUGGUUACAGGCGCAUCUGGUUACAUCGGGGGCUCUAUUGUCGCUGAAAUUUUGAGUCUCAAAAGAGGCGGCUCUCUUGAGACCUUGAGCAUCCAUGCAGCCGUGCGUUCGCUGGAACAGGCCCACAGCUUGACAAAGCUGGAUGUCAGUGUUGUCCAGUUGAAUCUCAGCGAUGAAACUGCUGUAACAGAUUACUUGCUCUCCAAUGAUAUUGAUCUGGUCAUCAACAACGCAACUUCCAUUGACUCGCAGAUUGCGUCGAGUCUUAUUUCAGGGCUAAAGAAUCAACGUGAAGCAACAGGGAAGGAGGUCUUUUUCAUACAGACGACAGGUCUUUCGGCCUUCGAUGAAAAUACAAACUGGCCAUUCGGAGAGGUGAAAGACACUGACAACGUCUUCGACCUUGAGAGGCAGUCCAGGGAUACCUAUGUCGUGCGGGAGGUUGAUACGUUUGUCAUCGAACAGACGAAAAAGGCCGGCGUCACCGGCUUCCUAAUCUACCCCCCCAACGCUUCCCUAACCGGUGAGAAGGACGCUACUCUGGCACAUGUUUCAGAUGUUGCGAAAUUUUAUGGUCAGCUUAUUGAGGCUAUUUUCUUGGGUAAGGAGCUUCCAGUCGGUGAAAAUGGCCAUUAUUUCCUUGUUUCGCACGUCGUCUCUUGGUGGGACAUUAUGGAUCGACUUGCUGCAAACCUCCACGCACGGGGCUUGGUCACAACGGCAUCCACUAAGCAUGUGGAACUCAAGGCGAGUUAA